CUGCAGUCUGUACCUCUGCGACCACGGCCCCAAAACAUACUUCCCAUACACAAAGAUCUUCUCCACCCAAUAGUCUCCAAUCUAUAUUGACUAUCCCAACACAAAGUCUCACAUUUUCAACCGUCAAUGGCUCAAUAACAAAUUACCGAAAAAAAAAAAAAAAGAGAGAGAGAGAAUGGAGUCAGAGAGACCCCAUCGCACGACAAGCACAAACGGCAGUAGCACCAGCGAGCUCUUCAUCUGUUUCACCUCGCGCCUCUCCUCUUCUUCCAUGAAGCUCUCCAAAUCCAUUCUCAGCCCAGGCCGUACCAGAGAACCAUCCCAAAUCUCUCUUUCCUCCUCUCUUAGCCGAAGACUGAGAAGCAGUGGCAGCAUGAAGGGUGGCCAGGCCUCGCCAAUGUUCCCAACUGGGGGCAAGAAACGAGGGUACGGUUUCGAAAACCCAGAGCCCUCUUCUCCCAAGGUGACCUGUAUUGGCCAGGUGAGGGUCAAAACCAAGAAACAAGGGAAAAAGAUGAGAACGAGGUCCAAAAGAAGAGGUGAGGCGAGCUUUCGGAGAGUGGAGCAGCAAAAUGCGAGUGUUGUCACGCAUGAAGAGCUUAACACUCAGAAUAUUGCUAACGGUCAGUUUCAAAGCCACCAGAUUUUACAACAACAGCAGCAUGAAGGCUUGCCGCAUCGGAACCAAAGGUGGGUACAUCUACCAGUAACAAUUUGCGAAGCUUUGAGGGCCUUCGGUGCUGAGCUGAAUUGUUUCCUGCCUUGCCGGUCUUCGUGUAUGACAAGCGAAAGGGAAAAGGAAGAGAAAGCUGCUAGAGCGGACGGUGGUGAGUGUGGAAAUGGGAGUUCUUGCGGGGCUGUGUUUGCAAGGUGGCUGGUGGCGAUGCAAGAAGGUGAAGGCAAGGGGAGGGAGAUAGAGUUGGUGGUACGAGAAGAAGAGAGAGUGACCGAGAGAAAUCCGAGUCAGCGGAGGAGGGAGGUUUUUGAUGCGGGAUUUGAGAUUAAAGAGCAGAGGAAAGAGGUUGAGGAUGCGGAGGAAGAGGAAGCAAGGGCGAGCAUUUGUAUUCCGCCUAAGAAUGCUUUGUUGCUUAUGAGGUGCAGAUCCGACCCAGUGAAAAUGGCGGCCUUGGCGAAUCGGUUUUGGGACUCCCCAACUCGGAAAGAUGUGGAUGAGGAUUAUGAUCAGGAUGAAGCUGAGGGUCACAAAGAUAAGGAAGAACAACACGGGGAGGUGGAAGUGGGCGAAGGACAGGAAGGAAAAGUUGAGGUGGAAACAGAGGAAAAAGAGGAUGAAAUUCGUGACAAGUGGGUUUCUGCUGGUGAAGGGCAUGGACACCUAGAAGAGAAGGCAAACUUCGUUGUAGAGGAACAAGAUGAGGGGGUGGAAGAAAACUCAGAAAGGAGUCCACAAGUUAUUAAUCAGUUGCAUGAACACCCAUUAGAACAAGAAGCAUACGAAGACGAAGAUGAUGAAGAAGAAGAAGACGACGAAGUUGAUGAAGAAGAAGAAGAAUUAGAGUUGAACCAGGUGGUACCAGCAGAAGAAACUCUGUUGAGUUCUCCACCUGGAGCUCUUGCAGAUCCAGAGAACUCAAAGAUGGAACCCGAAGCCGACCACGCAGAACAAGAAGCAGAAGAUAACAAAGGAGCUAGCUUUUCACCUUCCUCUGUAAUAUCGGCACAGUCAGGGCAAGAAUCAGAAGAGCAAGAAGAGCAAAGAGAUGCAAAGCCUGCAGCUUUAGGCGAAGAAGCAGAGGAGUCAAACGCGGAGAAAGAGAUGCCAGAGAGGCCAUGGGAAGGGCCUUCCCAUCGAAGGUCGGACCCCGAAUACCCGAUCCACAACGAACAUUAUUCGGGUUUCGAGCCAAAUAUCCAGGAAAUUCAACAAAAGCCAGAGAGAGGGAGUUCAGUCUUGCCGGAUUGCUUGUUAUUGAUGAUGUGUGAGCCGAAGCUAUCUAUGGAGGUCUCCAAAGAGACCUGGGUUUGCAGUACAGACUUCAUUCGAUGCCUCCCAGAGAGACCGGCCAACAAAACGAACGGCGAAGAUGAGGUCAAGAAACGAGUCAGCACGGAGGUCUCCAAUCCUACUGACCCGCCGCACCAGCUGCUGCUGCAGCCGCCGCGAUCUUCAUGCUCGUUCCCAAUUGCAGCGGCGGCUCCGGGAGCAGGCUCCUCGAUGGCUAGAAUGAUAGAGCAGAAGCUGGUGGGGUCCAAUGGGUAUGAACCGUUCGUGCUGACGCGGUGCAAGUCGGAGCCGAGGAGGUCGUCGGGUAAGUUCGCCCCGGAGGCCUGUUUCUGGAAGAAUCGGAAGAUGGAGCCGCACCGCCCGGCUACGCUUGGGGUAGGUGCGGCUGGGAUCGGAUUCUGAACAGAGGCAAUUAUGGUAAAAAGAUUAAAAAAAAAAAAAAAUUACUGUGGCAACUUCUUAAACGUUGUUUGUUUGUAGUUGUACGUUAGUUUUGGCAGUGUGCUUUUACUGCUCUUUCAUGUUUGUAAAUCUAUGCUCAAUGGUUUCCGAGCAAUUCUUUUUC